AUGUAUGAGCCAUUGUAUCUAUCAUUUGACGCCUACCCCAGUGUGGUCCCCCGUGUGAGGGUACGAGGCGUCAUGGCUCUCUUCCUGGCCGUCACCAUUCUCUGGGCCUUGAUCUGGCUAUUGUAUCGUGCUUGGCAGGUGUGUCAGACGUCCAAUGAUGUUCUGGUGGAAAAACUGGGGUUGGAUAUUCCUCCGCCGCCAGAGGUCACCCUUGAAGAAAUCAAUGCCCGUGAAAUUCGCAUCGCCUGGAAACUGCCUGAAUUCCAUAAUUCUAUUCACAAGCAUAUCAUUCAGGUGAAUGGUAUUAAAGUGGGUGAGUCGAAACGAGCGGAAACUGCAGUGGAAAUCUUGGACCUGAUCCCGGGAAAUAUCUAUCACAUCUGUGUCCUCUCCGUCAGUGCGGCCAAUUUCCAAACCCCAAGUAGCAUCAUCCACGUGCGCACGAAAUCUCUUCCGAUGUCCCAAGCGCAACAGAAUGUUCCCGUCAGCGGUCCCUCGAUUCGAGCAUCAAUUCCGCGGCCAGCUGCCGGAUUCACAGCGCCAUCAGCACCCAUCAUGGCUCGCGAGCACAGUGGGGGGCAGUUACAAUCGAAACGGACCUCAGCUGGACGGAAACAGUCUCCGGCAGCCAGCGGUGCCGAGUCGUCGCACAGCCAGUUAGAGGAGCUACAGAAAAACAUGGUUAGCGGUGACCGGGAUGAGACUCUUGAGAAACUUGCGGACAGGUUGAAGAAUUUGCAACAUGAGAAUGAAACUGUCGAGAAACAGACCACCGAUGAGGAGGCGGAACACACUGCGCUGUUAAAGGAGCUUGAAAAACAGCGUGAUGACUUACGGAAACGAGUGAAAGAGAAAGAUGAAGCUAGCGGGGAUUUGAAGAAACAUGUGUACAGGCUGGAAAGCGUCAAUCGUACAGUGCAGAGCGAGAAGGCAAAACGUGAGCGACUACUGCAACAAAAAGAGUCCGAACGGAAGAAGCGCAAGGAUGAUAUCGUUCGUUGGCAGGAACGGAUGGCACGGAUGACUGCCGAUACAGACAAUGCGAGAGAGGAGAAAGCUCGCCUGGAGAAGGAAGGCAAGGCUCGUGCGGACGAAGUGCGGGAGAAAAUUGCCCAGCAGCAGGCGGAGAUGAAGGUCGUCGAUGAUGAGAUCCAGGACAAGGGCGGCCGCGUCAAAAAGCUGGAGGAAGAGAGGAAGGAUCACCAAGGGCCAGAUAGUGAGGAUGGGAGGGAACUGGACCGAAUUGACAAUGAGAGAGCUCGGCAGUGGGAGAUCAAAUUAAGCAACUUACAUGCACGAUAUGCUACACUUGUGGGCCUUCAUGCGCAGGCUCAGCAGCAGUACCAGGAGGCGCAGGAGCGUCUGAAAUGGUUGACGACGCAACGACCUGGUAGCACGGGGCCAUUUUCAUUGCCAGCUCUCGAUCUAGAUCUAUCUAAUACCGCCACUAUCCGUCCUCGUCAUCAUCGCAGUUCACUCAAUAGUAACGUUUCGUCGCCUAUGAACUUUCCUACACUGGACAGCUCAUUUUCAGGGGGGGUCAACUACCACCCUCCCUCAACCAACUCCCCCACAUUUGGGCCGGGUUCCACGUUUUUCAACAUCAAUAAUGGCAUGACUCUCCCGAGUCUUUCGAGCCAACCCGAUCCGCUUCGUUUAGACUCGGAUAUCUCGUUUAGCAAUCCACAAAUGAGCCCACGUGCCGAUGCGCUGCUGCCAUCGGACCUUCUGGGGGACGAAGAGUCUCCAGAAUUACCACGACCCAUAGUUCGUCCCCGAUUCCAAGAGCUGGAAUCGUCGGGCGCCCAACUUGAAGGUUUCUCCCAUGGUCCACCAUCGCCAGACUCAUCUGGAAGCCGACCAGCAAGCAUCUUUGCCAGCCCAAAUGAUAAGCAAACUCAGGAGGCAGAUUCCCAACCCGUGGAAUUAGGAGAUGCAGAGGAGGCUCCGAAGAGCGCAUCGCGGAGGCUUUCAGGUCUCUUCAAUUUCCAUCGACCUCGUGGUAAGACCCUUGCGGAUGAGCCCCCUCUGUUGGGCACUUUGAAACCAGGACAGAGCCAAUCCUUUCCGCGGAACCUUGAUGAAAUGGACCCUAUCGGAGCUAGGCGUCGUCGGCUGAGCUACACUGGUAAUUGGGCCAACCCAAUAUCACUAAUUCCUAGGAGCAACACAACCAGUGUCACGAAUGACAGUUCUUCUGAUCACCUACCAUCCAGACGGGCAGCCUUUUCGAGUAUCUUCUCUCCUAGCCGGUUCGGAUUUGGCAGCGGAAGCAACUUGGCCAAGUCCAACGAAACCUCGGACCUCAACACUGGCUACAAUCAGUUCAGCCCUAGACACGAUCCGAUUGACCCAUCCUCGAUUCUUGGCACUGUCCGUCGCGGUUCACUGUCGCCUAGGCCCUCGUCUACUUUUUCGUUCGAUAACCAGCUCCCGCAUCCUUCGACGGACAAUCGCCAUUUUGGCUGGCCGUCCACGGAGAAGUCGGAUCACCGAAGUCUACUCGGGUUUGACUGGACUUCGCCGUCUAGCUGGUCGCGUGUGCAUUCGCGCCGCCCCUCCACCCAGUAUGGCUCCUCCAGUCAUCUCCCUCUAGCACUUACGGGGGAACCUGAGCUUCCCCAGGACCCGUUUGAAAGACAGGGUCGACCACUUCAAGCUCCCAUUGGUACACGACCUUCUUCGUCCCAUCGGCCCGCUACUCCGAAAUUGAACCCCACGGCCCCUUCCUUUAAAACCAUUUUUGGUGGAAAGAGGUCCGAUAAGGACAAAGAGAAAGAGAGGGCCAAGGACCAGGAUCUCGAUGCUUCGUUUGACUUUUUAAUGGAUGACGGCUCCCCAUCCGAGUCUCACGCAUCCAAGGAGUCUCGAUCCUUGUCUAUAUUUACGGGAGAUUCUCACGAGUCUCUAGAGCGCUUGCCGUCUGCAGCCUCCGCGGAUAAUAGCAGUUCGAAGGAGUCCUUCAUUCGCAAGAUCACACGAAAGGGUAGUUCAGGCAAGUUCAGCUCGUGGAAGGACCGCUCAGGAUUAUUUUUUAAGAAAGGCGAUGCGACUCAAGGCGACAUUGACGAGGAUGGGAACGCCGAAUCCCUGCUUGCCAAAAGUGUGGAUAGCACCAUCUCCAGUGCUCCCUCCGCAGACAAGUCGACCCGAAGCAGCCUUGGUUUCUUUAGUCGAAAGUCUAGAAAGUCCGACAAGGCCGCCAGUGAGACGAGUGAGUGGGUUAGCGAACGAGCUAGCGAACGAGCCAGCGAAAUAGGCGAUGAGGAAAUCCCAGAGGAAGUCGAUAAUGCAGCGUGA